AUGAAACUUGGUAAAAAAGGUGCAGGAAAACAUAUAGCAAAAAAAGUUGUACAAUACUUGCAGUGUUUUUUUUUAGCAGGAAAUUUGAAAGCUGAAGAUUGUUACUCACCUGAAGAUAUGCAUGCCAGUUUAGACUUAGCCGCAAAUGGAGAACUUACUUUUGAGGAAAUAUCAUCAGUAAAAACUAUAAAAGGUUGGAUAGGAAGAUACAGCGCAAAUUUCAAAAAAGAAGCAUCAGAAAAAGCACUGUUAGAGAAUAGUAAUGAUCAUAAUGUAACAUUUGAGGGAACUAGGAGUAAACGUCAAGUGUAUGGUUAA